UGUGUAAUGGUAACACAAGAGACGAGAAUCAUCUCUCAUUCUCUUCUCUCCCAUACACUCCUCUCUCUCUCUCUCUCUACCCCUCAGCGACACCACCAGUCACUCGCAGAGAGAAGAAGUCGAAAGAUAACAUCAAAAAAGAUUUUCAGUGUUAGUCAGAGCGAUUCACAGAGAAGACGAGAGUGAGAUUUCUUCAUCACAGCUUCAGUUUUCCCGAACGUCUGUGCUCAUGAGCCGACGGCGACUUCUGUUAUCGGCGACGCUACUCUCGUAUUUGCUUCACGGAAUGGCUCUCGUCUCCGUCGUAGCCUCCGGCGUGGAGGAGGUUAGUAGAGAUAACGUGGAUUUGACCAAAACGACGACGUUAACCACCUCUACUACGCAUCGGAAGAUGCUCCAUCUCUCUCAUGCAGAGACGAGAGCAGAGCCGGAUAGGAUCGGAGAGAAGUGCAAGAAGUCUGACAUUGUGGUGAACCAAGCAGCGACCGAACCUAUGCCCAACGGAAUACCCGGUUACACUGUAGAGAUCACGAACCAAUGCAUGUCUGGAUGCAACAUCUCGAGGAUCCACGUCAGCUGCGGUUGGUUCAGCUCCGUCAAGUUGGUUAACCCGAGAGUUUUCAAGCGGAUUCACUACGACGACUGUCUCGUCAACAACGGGAAACCUCUGCCUUUUGGAUCCACGCUCUCCUUCCACUACGCCAACACUUUCCCUUACCGUCUCGCUGUCUCGUUCGUUACCUGCUCCUGAGUCCUCCUGAUCUUUUUCUUUCUCAUAUAGGAUAAGAUGAUAGUAGAAACACGGCGGGAAAAACUUAAGAUACAGGAAGUAUGAUUGUUAUUAAUCACAUUCAUACCACACUCAUCCUCUUCUCUUAGGAUGUUAUAUGUUUUUGAGCAACAGUGAUAUAUAUAAAUAUAUAAAAGAAUCUAUCAACUUUUUCCCCCCUCUC